UAAAGCAGAGACCUGCGUCCCAACGUGGCGUCGUGGGUCGUUCGCGCCUCGCCCAGGGUCAGCGAGCAAGGACGGGGCGCGAGUCGGGGGUACUCACAGCUGACAGGUGGAGCCGGUCCUGGCGUCUCGAGCCAGCACUGGCACCUAAUCAGAGUCGGGUGGCUUUGAGCCCUCACGAUUGAGGCUCCCUGGUUCGCAGCUCGAGAAGACAGAGCUCCUUCGCCCAUACCUGUCCCCGACAGUCACGCUCUGCGCCGAGGUGCGGAUUCGACAGAUCACCCCCUCCCUACGUACCACUUCCACCAACAUCCGAAUUGAUUUCGUUCUUAACCUCUUUGAGACCCCUCCCUUCCUCAACUCCAGACGAGAUUUUUCCCUAGUUCAGAAUUCCUCCGUAAAAUCGAAAGUUUGGAGUUUCAGGUAUCUUGCAAGAUUACUUUUAAGACUAAGCACCAAUUUGAUACAAAAAAAAAAGUUCAUGCCUACUAGAGAAUUUGUGGGGAAAGUGAAAGUAAAAGCUAGUACACACAGGAAACAAUGGCUGAGCAUGGGGCUCACAUCACAACUGCUUCAGUGGCGGAUGACCAGCCAUCCAUCUUUGAGGUGGUAGCACAGGACAGUUUAAUGACAGCAGUGAGACCUGCUCUUCAGCACGUGGUCAAGGUUCUUGCAGAAUCAAAUCCUACCCAUUAUGGCUUCUUUUGGAGGUGGUUUGAUGAAAUCUUUACUGUGCUAGAUCUUCUGCUCCAGCAGCAUUAUCUGUCUAAAACCAGUGCCUCAUUUUCUGAAAACUUUUAUGGCUUAAAGCGAAUUGUAAUGGGGGACACUCAAAGGUAUCAGAGAUUGGCCAGUGCUGGUCUCCCAAAGAAGCAGCUUUGGAAAUCAAUUAUGUUCUUAGUUCUUCUUCCCUAUCUGAAAGUGAAGCUGGAGAAGCUGGUUUCUAGCCUGAGAGAAGAGGAUGAAUAUUCUAUUCACCCCCCUUCUUCCCACUGGAAACGAUUUUACAGAGCCUUCUUGGCAGCCUACCCAUUUGUUAACAUGGCCUGGGAAGGUUGGUUUCUUGUACAACAACUUCAGUACAUCCUGGGAAAAGCUCAGCAUCACUCACCACUGCUUAGACUGGCUGGAGUUCGGCUAGGUCGACUGACAGUUGAGGAUAUACAAGCGCUGGAGCACAAAGCAGCUGAAGCCAGUAUAACGCAGCAGUCAGCCAGGAGUGUUAGGGAGAAGAUAAAGUCAGCUCUGAAGAAAGCUGUGGGGGGCGUUGCCUUAUCUCUCUCUACUGGCCUUUCUGUGGGUGUAUUCUUCCUGCAGUUCCUUGACUGGUGGUACUCAUCUGAAAAUCAGGAAACCAUAAAAUCACUGACUGCCCUGCCUUCUCCACCACCACCUGUACACCUGGACUACAACUCUGAUUCUCCCCUGUUACCCAAAUUGAAGACCGUGUGCCCACUGUGCCGUAAAACCCGGGUGAAUGAUACUGUUCUUGCCACCUCUGGCUAUGUAUUUUGUUAUCGCUGUGUAUUUAAUUAUGUGAGGAGUCACCAAGCUUGUCCCAUCACAGGUUAUCCAACAGAAGUACAACAUCUGAUUAAACUGUACUCCCCGGAGAACUGAAA